AUGGACAAGUUGCCUUUUUGCUUUGAAGGAAUACAUAGAAUGGCAAUCCCUCCUUUGGACACAAGUAGAUUGCUUUUCUUCAUCUUCUUCCUGUUUCCAAAGAUGAUGCUAGCCAUAAAGUUUCCUAAAACUUUGCCCUGUGAUGUUGAUGCCUUGGAAGAUCUUCUGAUUGUGGACUGCAGUGACCGUCGCCUUGCCGUAUUCCCAGAUGGGAUCCCUGCCAACACUACCAACUUGACACUUUCCAUCAAUCACAUUAAAAACAUUAAACAAGCUAACUUCGAGAACCUUGAGAACCUUGUGGAGAUUGACUUCAGGUGCAACUGUAUGCCUGUCACAUUGGGGCCAAAGGAUCAUGUCUGCAAAAAUAGUUUGCAUGUUCAAAGUGGCACUUUUGAAAAACUCACCCAGUUGAAAUCAUUGUACUUGGAUGGAAAUCGGCUCUCAGAAAUCCCUCAGGGACUACCUCGAAAUUUACAACUACUGAGUCUGGAAGCAAACAAUAUUGUUUCCAUCAUAAGAGAAAACCUGGAAGGACUUGAGAACCUAGAAAUCCUUCUUCUAGGGAAAAAUUGCUAUUUCCGCAAUCGUUGCAAUGUUGCCUUUCAAAUUAACAACACUGCUUUCCAGGACCUGAAAAAAUUAACAGUGCUAUCCUUGAAAGCAAAUAACUUAACAAUCAUCCCACAGAAUCUGCCACACACUUUAAAGAAACUGUACCUCCAUGAUAACAGGAUUGAAAAUAUCACUGAGCAUGAUCUAAACCAUCUUCAUAAUUUGGAACUUCUUGACUUAAGUGGCAACUGCCCUCGCUGUCACAAUGCACCAUACCCUUGUGAACCAUGUUUCAAUAACAAGAGUAUUCUCAUCAGUCCCACAGCUUUUGCCUCUUUAAAACAAUUAAAAUUUCUGCGACUACACAGCACCUCUCUUCGUAAAGUGGACCCUAAGUGGUUUGAAAAUACUGCAAAUCUUGAAGUGCUUGACCUUUCACAAAAUUAUUUGGCUAAAGAAAUUGAAGAUGCCCAGUUUUUGAAUUUCCUUCCAAAUCUUUUAGACCUAGAUUUAUCAUUCAACUAUGAACUGCAACAAUACCCUUCACAUUUGAAUUUGCCACAAACAUUUUCUAAUCUUACUAAGCUUAAAUACUUGAGACUAAGAGGUUAUGUUUUUAAAACACUGGAUGGGAAUACUCUACUCCCUUUGAAAAAUCUCAUUCAUCUUACUGAGCUGGACUUAGGAACCAAUUUUAUUAGGAAUGCUAACCUUAGUAUGUUUAAAGAUUUCCCUGCUCUUCAAAUCAUAAACCUUUCCUUCAAUAAAAUAUCUCCCUUUUCAGAUGGUUUCAGUGAGGUUCCAUUUUACUGUAGUCCUGUGCCUUUAUUUGGUCAAUAUAAGGAGAUGCAUUAUUUCAUAUAUGAUGAAUAUAGUCGUAGCUGCAACUCUAAAGACCAAGAGACUAACUAUUCCUUGCCUCAUGGCAUUGACCCUUCUUGUGCUAAAUAUGGCAAAACACUGGAUUUAAGCAGAAAUAACGUAUUUUUUAUUAACCCCUCUGAUUUCCAGAACUUGACUUUUCUUAAGUGUCUUAACUUAUCAGGCAAUGCGAUGAGCCAAACCUUAGAUGGAACUGAAUUCCGCUCUUUGUCUGGCUUGAAGUACCUGGAUUUUUCAAACAAUCGAGUUGAUUUACUAUAUUCAAAUGCCUUCCAAGAACUGAAAGAACUAGAAAUCCUAGACCUUAGUGAUAACAAGAAUUACUUUCAGGCAGAAGGUGUCACUCACAUGUUGAAUUUCACUAGCCACUUGAUUUCUUUGAAAAAGUUGAUCAUGAAUGGGAAUGAGAUUUCUACCUCUACUGAUAAAGGGAUGGCAAGUACUUCCAUCAAAACAUUGGAAUUUAGAAAGAAUCGCUUAGAUAUCUUGUGGAAGAGUGAUACUAAAUCCUUUACAUUCAAGGAGCUGAAGUGUCUGGAGAAUCUUGACAUCUCUGACAACUCCCUCAGUUCUUUACCUGACGAUCUAUUGGAGGGCCUGCCUCCACAGCUCAAGCAGCUUAACCUGAGCAAUAAUAAACUCAAGAAAUUUAACUGGACGAAACUUCAGUCUCUGAAGAACCUAGAAAACCUGGAUCUUAGCAGCAACCAGUUGACUAUAGUCUGUUCUGAGCUGUCCACCUGCUCUAGAACUCUUAAAAAACUCACACUGCGACACAACAGGAUCAAAAAGCUGGCCAACAAUUUUCUCCGAGGUGUUUUCCAGCUGAGAUAUCUGGACCUCAGUUUUAAUAAGAUCAGAACAAUCAGGGACUCCAGCUUCCCAGAAAAUGUGACCAACAACCUAGACAAACUAUUUUUGAAUGGCAAUCCUUUCAAAUGUGAUUGUGAUAUUGUGUGGUUGGCCUGGUGGAUUAACAGAACUAAUGUGACUAUUCCACGGCUGGCAACAGAUGUUACUUGUGCAGGCCCAGGUGCAUGGAAAGGUAAGAGUGUGGUUUUAUUAGAUUUGGAUACUUGUGAACUGGACUACUCCCAGACCCUGUGCUGUGUGUCAGCCUCCAUAAUUAUGUCUCUGAUGAUGCUCAUGGUUACCAGCCACCUAUAUUUCUGGGAUGUGUGGUAUAUCUAUCAUUUAUGCACUGCCAAGAUAAAAGGAUAUAAGCGUUUGUUUUCCUCAGAAGUUUUGUACGAUGCUUUUGUUGCUUAUGAUAUAAAAGAUGCAGCAGUCAAUGAAUGGGUCCUGAAAGAACUAGUUGAAAAACUGGAAAAUGAGCAAGAGAAACGGUUCAGUUUGUGCUUGGAAGAAAGAAACUGGCUACCAGGACAGCCAGUUUUGGAUAAUCUUUCUGAGAGCAUAGAAAUGAGCAGAAAAACUGUAUUUGUGCUGACAAACAAAUACAUCGCUUGUGGCAACUUCAGAACAGCCUUUUACCUGGCACACCAACGGCUCAUGGAUGAAAAAGUAGAUGUAAUUGUCUUGAUAUUUCUUGAAAAGGUUUUGCAAAAGUCAAAAUACCUCCGUCUCCGGAAGCGACUGUGUAGUAGGUCUGUCCUUGAAUGGCCAACCAAUCCUCAAUCUCAGCAUUAUUUCUGGCAGUGCCUGAAAAAUGCAUUAGCAACAAACAAUGAUGUGAGCUAUAACAUUCUUUUUAAAGAAAUGGUAUAG